AUGAAAGGAUUAUUAAAUCUUGCUCUUGUCGGACUAGCCUUCGCCAGUUCCGGCUCGGAUUCUAGCUGCCGUUGCAGACCCCACCAGAGUUGCUGGCCUGUUGAGCAGGAAUGGUCUGCCCUUAACAGCUCCGUCCAGGGAAACUUACAGGCAACACAACCAGUCGCCGCCACCUGUCACGAAGGCAACAAAAAAGCCUGUGCGGCUAUCACCCAACAAUGGACCAAUUCCACCUGGCGAACAACCCAGCCAGGAGCCGUGCAAUGGGAAAACUGGGAGACACGACCCGAACUCAACGAGAGCCGCCGCCUUGAGACUCCCAAGGCGACCUGUGGCCAGGGAAGGAUUUCCUUGUACUCUGUCCUGGCGAAGUCUGCUCCCACAUCCAAGCAGCAGUUCGAUCUUCACAUACUGGUUGAAGAGCAUUACAUUCACCGACGAGUUCAGGCCCGCGGGAACUCCAAAGAGCGAGGCCCUGCUGUCACUAUCGGUGCAGGCAUCAAUCUGAUAGAACUUUAUGCUGCUGUGGGAAAGAAGGGUCGAACCGUUGUUGCUGGGACUUCGCACACCGUUGGUGCAGCAGGAGGGUAUAUCCAGGGAGGCGGCCAUUCGUUAAUGGGCCCCUGGAAGGGCAUGGCCGCUGAUAACGUGCUAGAGUUUCAAGUUGUGACCGCCAAUGGUACUCUCGUCACCGCAAACAGCCACCAAAACCCCGACCUUUUCUGGGCACUUCGAGGCGGAGGUGGAGGAACCUUUGGUGUUAUUGUCAGUGCCACCCUACGCACGUUUGACGAGGCUCCCGUUACUAUGGUCAACCUCAACGUCAGCACCGUCGCCCAAAACCCUGGUUUCUGGGGGGCCAUGACUGACUUCCACCCCGCCAUCCCAUCCCUAAAUGACGCUGGUGCUAGUGGAUAUUACUUUAUCUCACCCAACGUGCCGUUCAAGAAUAUGGAGGUCUCAAGGCUUUCCAUCCUCCUGUUUUCCCCAAAUCAGACCAACGUUGCAAAGACCGAUAAGCUUGUUGCGCCACUGCAAUGGAAGCUGAACGGAACAGUUGGUCUAAUUACUGAAUACGCCACUAUCCCCUUCCCGACCAUCCAUUCACUGCUCUCGGGUUUGCUCAUUAGAGGAAACAUGGACCCAACCGGCCAGAGCGUGAUCCUAGGCUCAAGACUAUUCUCGCUUGCUGGGGGUGCUAUCGCGAAGAAUGCAGAGUCUGUCGACAACGGUAUAAAUCCUGCCUGGAGAAAGGCCGCUACUCAUAUGUACUUCGCUCGCUACUGGGCGCCAAAUGCCACCCUCGCUCAGCAGCAAGAUGUGAUCCGCAAUAUGGCUGAGGUUGGCAUGCCUAUCCUUAAAGAUGUUGAGGGCUGCAAGAUGGGAGCAUACUUGAAUGAGGCAAAUGCAUACGAACCAGAUUUCCAGAACGAAUUUUGGGGUAGCAAUUAUCCUCGUCUCUAUGAGAUCAAGCAAAAGUGGGAUCCUAAUGGACUUUUCAUUGCUCGGAAGGGUGUGGGAAGUGAAGAUUGGGAUGAUGCCAGGCUCUGCCGCAUUAAAAAGAAGUAG